GCGUCCAAGGCAUCCUUGGUAGCUCGAGGCCUCGCUUCGAAAUCUAAACCUCCUGCGGUUAAAAGGUAAGCCUUUCGGGCGCAAUAUUUCCAAGUUAUGCAUAAUCUGAAAAGCUUAUUGAAGCCUCAGCUUAUGGUUCAUUAAUUUCCUCAUUUGUUUUCUUAAAGCAUGAUGAAUGCAUGCGUCCUUAUCUUCUAUUCUAUUAAUGCGACAUCGUCAUCAUCAUCAUCAUCAUCAUUAUCAUCAUAGAUGAAGUAUUAAAUAAAUUAUUGUGAUGAUUUGAUUAUUUUUUGUCCUCACACUAAUUCAGAGUUCAGAAAGGACAGAAAAGUGCAGCCAAGGAAUCCAAACCUGGGUACAGUCUUUACACCUCAGAUUCUGAAGACCAGGUACUUCACAUUAACUCAUUUAGGAUGAGAAUCUUCCUUGUAUGUCUCUCUGGGAUCUUUUCAGGGAGCUGACAGUCAAACCUCAACGGGUGAUCACUUCUUAGCAACUACCUUCCACAUUCACUUUGCAUAUGGAUGAGGAGGUACUGUUGCAGUUUCAAAUACCCAUCUCUACAUCAUUUGUUGCAAUUUCAUCUGGCUUAUUUCGCUCUUUGGAAUUUUACCCUUAUAGGGCCUCAUUAAACAAUCCGGCCAGGUAAUAUCCCCUCUCCCAAACCCUAGAUGACAACCUCAGUAUUCAAACCACUCAUUUCUAGUAUUUGUUAAGAUACCACAUUGUUGGUCAUUUAUAGGCAUCUGCAGUUGACAGAGGCUUAAACAGAUGUGCUGCAUUGCUGUCGAAUAUACUGGACAAUGAAGAUAAAGGUGAGGUUUCAUUCCUGUUAACGCUUGAAUAAUUUUGAAAUGCAGUUUAACCCUUUAAGCCCCGUUAUCCACAUAGAAAUUCUCCAAACUGAUCUCCAUACAUUUCCUUAAAGAAUUAGUUGUGAGAAUUUGAUAAAAGAUCAAAGCAUUUUCUCUUGGGUGAUCAUUUUAUUAAUUCUCAUAACUUAUCUCUUGACAGUGUAUGGAUAUCGUUAAGAGAAAAUUGAUCUUUGUCACUAUUGGGACUUAAAGUUUGCCGCUUCUAGUGGUCAGUGGUUGGUUUGGAGAGGCAUGCACAGGAGUUCAAAACCCCGGGGCAGGGGGGGGGGGGCGGUACUGCCAUAUAUUGGCUAUGUAGGUAUGUGCCGCUGUGAAGGGUAUGGUUUUCAAGCAGUUUACUCUGGGAUAGGGUGUAUAAAUCAAAGUGUUUAAGUCUAGAAUAGGGUAUCAUUUUGCAGGAAACUGAUCAAUUGGUUGAAGAGUUUAGUAGAGACUAGGGAAACCCGGAAUUGCCACUCAAAAAUAUAAAAAAAUCAAAUCGGCAAAUUUAUAUUUAUGCCACUCAGCCUAAAAGCUACUCUAGGAUAGGGGGAUGUUAAGGGAGUUUAGUCUAGUAUAGGGUGGCAAAAUUCAGCUGAACUAGCUCUGGUGUAGGUUAAGGUUUCCAGGGUCCCAGCGGCACACCCCUACCCAAAGAUUCCUAAAGUACCCCCCUGGCUUCAAAACACUUUUUUGUGGUUUGUUUCAGGCAACUUUAGGAGUAGUUUCUGCUAGUGUGAUGUCCUGCUAAUACACUUGUUUUUCAGAUAGUACAUCACAUUCAAGAGUUGCAAGUGUGAGCAAAACUGCCACUUCCUCCAAUAAAAAAGUUCCAGCUGUUCAACCAAUAGGAAGACCAGGAAAUUUUGACAGACAGACGGCAAAAGCAGCCAGUAGAAAAGUUGUGAUCCCCACUGCCAGCUCUGAAGACAAAGGUACAAACAUGUGAACUGUUUUACUCCUUAAGUGUUACAGUUAUGGGAAUAAAGCUCACGCUCUUUUAAAUGCCCCUUAUCUAUUAAAUGUUUUUGCUUGGGCUCUGAAAAUUCGGGGCUAUCAUUAAGAGGCGGGGGCUGGGAUUUCCCCCGGCUGCUAUAAAUCUGGCCCCCGGCUAGCCUGCAUGUCAGGUGUUAAGAGGAAAAGGGGAAGGGGAAUUCAGGCACGUGAGAGCGAGAGACGCACCCAAGGAAAGGUCCCCUUUUCCCUCCUCUUCAGGGGCCCAAAUGGUUCACGGGCAUCUCGCCACCAAAUCAUCUCACCACCAACGAAAUCGCCACCAAGUAAUGACCCUGCAUUAAUCGACAUGUUUACUGACCUAGGAUUACUUACCUAGAAUUUUUCCUUCUUGUCCAAGCUUAUUCGAAUUUGAUUACAGAGUUAUUACUUGGUGGCGAGUCGACUUCUUGGUGGUGGCGAGAUGACCGUUUCCGCCCAGAUUGCUCCCUCCUGUUCCCUUGUUAACUCCUGCCACACAGGCCGUGUUCUUACAUGUUUAAUUGCUUUUCAAUCCAGCCACUCCAUCACCAUUGCAUCGUCAUGAAGAAGUUGCUGUUAGAUCAACAGCCUACAAUGAUCGUUUAGUAUCGUCCACACCUGUUCUUACUGCAGAAGAACGACAUAAACGCCAACAGCUGCAGAGAAGAGAAGCAGAACUUCAACACGAACUAGCGCAACUCAAAGAACGUUAUGAGCUGCUUCAAGUAAGUUGCUGUCGUUUCACCCUUCUAAAAUAAUUAUUCCUGUAUUUACCCUCGGCAGUACAUGUAUUUGUAGCGCAAAGGCUAGGGCUUUGAACAAACAACUGAAACCAAAAAUUCACAUAAACUUGCAUAACAGGGUUAAGAAUCCCAACUGACUGGAGGCAAACCAGUUGAUUGUUUACAAACGUGGUCGAGGAUUUGAACUCUGGACUUCCGAGAACAAAUUCAGCUAUCGGUUGAGGCGGGACUUGAACUCGCUUGCGCAUGGAAGCACUUAAGGCUGGAGAUUGAGCCUAGGACUGUCAAUGCUCAGGAGAUUGAUAAAGAACUAGUCUUGUGUAUUUCUUUGAAUUCAGAGACAGCAAAGUCCAAGUCACCAAACGGAGCAAAAGUUACAACUGCAACAUUCCAUGAUGCAACAACUGGAGAAUCAUCAACAAAAUGAAGACAGUUCACUUCAACGCGAUGCACCUCAACGCUCAACCGGAGCGCAACCAGAAAACAUUUCAGAAAGGGAAGGAAGUCCGAAUUUAAAUCCAAGAAAAACGUCAGCAAGAAGAAGUCUGGAUUAUUCAGGAUUUUCUGUUCAAAAAGUUCAGGAAAGUGACUAUAAUGACUCUAGAUCAGGGGGGCGGAUGGAUUUAGUUGGCAGUGAACACAAUGAUGAAAGUUUGAAACAAGGAGACCAUAAUUCCGUUCAACUGGAGAUAGAUACUGUGCCUGAACCCAAGAAACGGGUGAGAAUUGUUUCGCCUAGUUUCACUCCUUCAUCUUACGUGGACGAGGAAUUACUCCCAAAUACAAGUCGAAACCUCACAAAAUCUCUUGACGACCAGGCUGGUUUAUCCGAAGAUUCAACAACCAGACAUCUUACUCCUCCAUUGUCAGUAUCUGGUAAACCCAGCCCUGGGGAAAGAAUGCAAUCAUCAUCUGCUGAAAACCAGGCGCGGAUGAUUCAGUAUCUUGUUGAUGAACUUAGAGCGCUUCUUGGAAGUACGGGUUAGUACAGACCGUUUGCUGUUUGCUUUUUUUUUCUUUGGUAUCUGAAUGUUAAAGCAUUACCUGUGCCAACUUCGUUCCCAGGGUUCUUUUCUACCUGCCUUGCGUAGCGAGAGAAUCAGAACUCAUUAGGGCCAUUUAUACGAGGAAAAAUAAGACGCAUCUUACAUAAAACGCGUCUUAAAUAAGACGCGAACUUUCCGUAUAAACGGCACAUUUCGUCUAAAAUAAGACGCGUCUUAUUAGAUAAGACAUGCUCGUAUAAAUGGUACAGUUCGCGUCUUAUUAAAGACGCGUCUUACGUAAGACGCGUCUUAUUUUUCCUCGUAUAAAUGGCCCUAAUGACCGACUCACUAGUACAAGUGCUGCCUGAGCCGAAUAUCAUGUCUUGAGUGUACAGCGCUCUCUACUCAGAGACCAGAGCCAGACCUCGGUUGUUCAAAGGCUGGAUAGCGCUAUCCAUCGGAUAAAUCUCUAUCUAGUAGAUAGUGCAAUUUGUUUCCCUAAUACUUAUCCACUGGAUGGUGAUUUAUCUGAUAGAUAGCGCUAUCCAACGUUUGAACAACUGGGACCAGAUCGUUAACAGCUUUCAACACCCUGUGUACUCUGUUCAUAGGUGACUUGGAAGUAAAUCGACUGUUGAACGAAAUAGAUGACGCAGCUAAACUACUUCCGUAUCUU